AUGGCUCCUUCACCUGGAGCUCUACAGGAGGCUGCUGUCAGAAACAGAGCAGAAGGGGAAGAAGGUGGAGAAGCUCCCCCUAAGGAUCUCCUUUUGACUGAUGAAGGCCUUCAAAAAGACAAGCCCUGCAGCGAGUAUAAAGGUAGGCUGUUUGACACUGUGGAGGAAUGUGUGUUGGAGGACAGUCUGGCUGAAGAGGUUCUACAGGCUGAACUCAAGCACACUGAGUAUGAAGAGCAUGAGAAGGAUGGAUACAAUCUCCCAUCCCAUGAUGCCCUGGCGCAGAUCCUACCACAUUACCUUAUGGGAGAGAAGAGUGUCACUCAACAGGAACCAGCUGAGAGGGCUGGAGCGUCGCAGGCCAGCAAACGAAACAUAAACAACACAUAUCAAGUGCAUCAACCACACAAACGACCCCCUCUGCAUGACUUUAAGGAUGAUCCCCACAUGGCACAGAUCUCCGACCUUCAAACUAAGGAGGUGAAAAACUAUCGUUCAGCCAUGAGCAGGAUGGCAGAAGACAUCAUAGCCCUGAGGACGCAGGUAGUCGCACUGGAGUCAGAAAACAGCCAGCUCCGCAGUGACCUGUCCCUGCACCAGGACCUCGGCCGAAAUCUGCUGGAUGACACAGACAUUGAUGUCAUGACCAAGGCUGAGAUUGCUGAUCGUAUAGCCUCACUGAAAUUCAAGCUGGCCAGUGAGACCAGUAAGGCUGCCUCGCAAAGGGACAGGAUCCACCAGCUGCAAAAUGAGCUCAUCAGGAAGAAUGACAGUGAGAAAGAGCUACUAAAACUUAAACGAAUUCACCAGCAGCAGCAAAGGGAUCUGCAGCGUCAUCAGAUUCACACGGAAAAACUGGAAAUAUUGGAAAACACAAUGAAACAGCAGGAAAAGGUCAUUGUGAAGAUGGAGAAAGCAUUAGAUGGGAAACUGAGAGCAAACAAUAAACAGAAUGGUGACAGAACCUUGGCAGCGAAAAAACAGAAAGGUGAUGCUGACCACAGAAAGGAAGAGAUAGAGUCCGCCCUGGUGGCAGAAAACUCUCGUCUAAGAGAGGAGUUGGACAGGAUUCGCCAGCAGCCUGCCCCUGUCAUUAUAGAGCAUUUCACACAGAAAGGAAAUACAACACCAGUCAGUGAGAGACUAAGUUUAUUGAACAAGCUGCAGAAAGCUGAGGCGAGAGUCCACAUACUGGAGACACAGCUGGAAGAAAACGCUAAAUUAUGGGGUAAGCACAAGCAGGAAAUGUUGACCAAACUCAGCGAGCACAGGCAUGGCUUUGUUCGAAAAUCCUCCUCAAUCCUUUAUAAUGUUCCUACGGUCAGUUAAAA